GAUUUCACCAUGGAGGCUCCUCCAGUCACCAUGAUGCCAGUCACUGGCGGGACCAUAAACAUGAUGGAAUAUUUACUUCAAGGGAGUGUUUUGGGCCAGAGCUUGGAGAGCCUCCUCCAUCGGCUCUGUGGCCUUUGCGACAACAUGGAACCCGAGACUUUUUUGGAUCACGAAAUGGUCUUCCUCCUGAAGGGCCAGCAGGCCAGCCCCUUUGUCCUCCGCACAUGGCGCUCCAUGGACAAGCCCAGUGCUCCUUGGCACCUGCGGUACCUUGGCCAGCCAGAAAUGGGAGACAAGAACCGCCACGCCUUGGUACGCAACUGUGUUAAUAUUGCCACUUCUGAGAAUUUGACAGACUUCCUGGUGGAAAUGGGGUUCCGCAUGGACCACGAAUUCGUUGCCAAGGGGCACGUGUUUCGCAAGGGCAUAAUGAAGAUUGUGGUGUAUAAGAUCUUCCGCAUCUUGAUCCCAGGAAAUACUGACAACAUUGAGCCCUUGUCUCUUUCCUACCUUGUGGAGCUCAGCAUUGUGGCACCAGCAGGACAAGACAUGGUUUCAGAUGACAUGAGGAGUUUUGCUGAGCAGCUCAAGCCUUUAGUUCACUUAGAAAAAAUCGAUCCUAAAAGGCUGAUGUGAGUGUUUGGCUGUACCUAGAUCUAGAUCAGGCGUAGGCCAACUUUGACCCUCCCUCCAGUUGUUUUGGACUUCAACUCCCACAAUUGGGAGUUGAAGUCCAAAUUGGGAGAUGAAGUCCAAAACAACUGGAGGGAGGUCCAAAUGCCUGGUCUAGAUCCUUUUAACUAGUGAUCUAUCUUUCAAGGUGUGUUUUAGAGGUGGUUUUCUCAACCUGCUUGGUUUUUCUUUGCUGAAAUCCCUGGUAGUACACUUUCGGUAGCAGCCAAAGAAAGAGUAAAGCCAUAAAUGUUUCCUGC